CCUUCCCUGGUGUUUAGCGUAUUCAUAGUUAGGGGUUUGGGCUCGGCUGUUUUUAAAAAGGCAAGGCAGCUCUCAAGUUGAUCAGUCUGCUCAGGAAACUUCUGCUGGAGAAAGUAUUGGAGUCCAAACUGAAGGGGAGAGAAGUUUGAGAUUUUGUGCAAAGACUUUUCUGCCUCGCUCCUGCAGAAGAAAAUAUCGGGGGAGAGAAAGAGAGAGAGAGAGAGAAAAAAAGAAGCGCAUUUAUUUCAAAUUGCACAUUUGAGCAGUUUUUGCGCGGUGCACUGCGCAAAGCCUGUAAUUAAUGUUUUUUAAAUAGAUAGCAACACUCUUGGAUAAAGACUCUUGGCUUUAGCUUUAAAAAUCGGAUUAUCUGACUGAGGCAUUGUGCUCAUUAGACCAGUCUACUUUUCCCCCCCUCUUCUUCGCAUUUGAGGUUUAUGCUAUACUAACUGAAGAGAACACCAACAAUGUUUCUGAGUUUUUGCCUCUUGGUGACAUUUAUCUUGGGGCUGUCCGGGUGCUUGGGCUCAUACGUGCCGUGCGAGCCUUGUGACCAGAAGGCGCUGUCCAUGUGCCCUCCGGUCCCGGUCGCCUGCCAGCUGGUCAAGGAGCCGGGCUGCGGCUGCUGCCUAACAUGCGCCCUGUCUGAGGGACAGGCGUGCGGCGUUUAUACCGGGACGUGCGCCCAGGGCCUCCGCUGCCUGCCAAGGAGCGGGGAGGAGAAACCUCUGCAUGCCCUUCUCCACGGCAGGGGAGUGUGCACCAACGAGAAAGGAUACAAACCUGCCCAUCCGCCCAUAGGUAAGACGCGCACAGAGUGGCGCUCUGCAGAAUGCAUGAAAACCAAAUGUUGAUUUUUUUCUUUUUUUCUGUUUGGGACAGAGGGGUCUCCACUCCACUCUGUCUGUCUGAUCAUGUCUUGUCCCAUGUGGGGAUGUGCUCCCGUGUGUCUUCAUGUUUAAAGAGAAUAAAUGUAAUCAGAUUAAGGAGAUCUUUUUCCUUUUUUUUUUGUUAAACUCGGUCUUUUUUCGCCUCCUCGCAGGGAGCUCAGGUGGUCCCCUCUCCUAACUCUCCUGCAGGGCAUUAAAAGCAGUCACCACUACUUUCUGACUGACUGUUUCUUUGACAGAUGGUAUGAGGUGCCAUCUCAUUAACUUUUAUCCACUGCCUUGAUUAAACUGGCUGCAGGAGCUUAUUCCUCCUCUCCUCUCAGGUCGUUGUGAAAAAAAACGCACCUUGAUCGCUUCACGCUCGGCAUCCAGCUGUAAUGACACUGUUGCGUUAUACCACUCCACGAGGAGUCUCGUGGCUUUAACAGCCUUCAAGGUGAAGCAGAAAUACUUUGUGGUUGUGCGCCCUGGUGUCGGUCAGGCAGGCUGUUGCGGGCGGACUCGACGCUCCGCUGCGGUGAGCGCUCCAUGCCGUGUCCCCGGCGGAUUUGAGCGCCCAGUGCGGGGCUGUCAAGCUGCGGUCUAGCAGGAGCCAAGUAGCACUGACAAGGAUCCAGACAGUCUAUAUUUUAAUAUACUGACUUUUCAAGGCGGUGUGUAGCGUUGCAUAUAAUUCUCCAGAGUGGUUUCAGCGGUCUUUACGCACGAAAUAGAAACGUUAAAAACGCCAAAGUUUGGUUUAAAGAGGAAUAAAGAAGAGGGAACCCCUUUAAGUGGAGCUUAUCCUGCGAGCUGCCGCCACUAAUAUCAACUCCUGUAACAAGUGUCUGUGAAACCCAACUAUUUUUCCAUCCUGGUGCCAGAGCGCAUGAAGCGUUUUUCUGCUCUCCUCUUUAAUAUCACCAAAUCUGUCCGGGCACUGAGGGGGGAAAGUGCAAAACGCUGCACUUUUCAAACUUUUUAGCCCCGUUAGAGGAGAAUUGAGACAGAUUUAGGUCUUCAGGCUAACCCUAGCCCUGUGUUCAGAGUCGGAUUACCACUAAAUCUGCAGCCUGUGCGUGAGAGAGGCAGAGAAAAGAGCGAAAGACACGGAGACAGGGAGAGAGAGAGAGAGAGAGGGAGAGGGAGAGAGAAGGAGAGCAGGAGCCAGCAGCCCUGAAUGAUUUAAGACAUUUCUUAGUGUUACAGAGAGCAGUUUGCUGUCACUCAGGAGUUUUAGCAGCUUGUCAACAACUAGAUAAGUAGGUGGGAACCACAGAGGUUUUGGCUACAAGCCUCCUUCUAUAAAGCAGGGCUACCACUGGGCUCAUUUGGGCUGUUGACAGAGUCAUUAGGCUGUUUGAGCGCAGAGAGCAGCUCCUCACCUCUGCUUUUUUAAUGAUAUUACAGCAGAAUGUGGUUUCUCCUCCUCCUCCGAGUGCGUUUGUGCUAAAAAUACCCAGCAGACCUUGUGUUCUGCAGAGACAGCUGAACAAAAAGUAAAGGUAGGGUCUGAGGGAGUGAGAGCAUGUGUGUGUGUGUGUGUGUGUGUGUGUGUGUGUCUGCUUGGGCGGGGCUGUGUGGGUGUCUGGGUGUGCAUUGUGAGUGAUUGUUGUGAGUGAUGACACCUCAGGCAGUUUUGUCUCACUUGGGGCUUUUACACACACACACACACACACACACACAGACACACACAACUCGACUUCUUUGUUGGCCCACAGAGGUAAUCAGAGCAUCUUUUCCUGCCUCUGGCGCUGCAUUCAUUGCAUGGGCGCUCAGUCACAAGGCAGUGAUUCAGCAGAAUGCCCCCGGCUCUCUCUCUCUCCCUCUCUCUGUGUGUCUCUCUCUCUCCCCCCUCCUCCUCUCUGAAGGGCCUUCUGUCAAACAGCUCUGUGGACUGGUGCACUGGUGAGGUGAGCUUCUGGUUUCCUGCGGUGUGGGGUUGCAGCUGUCUGCGUGCUGUACCAGCUGAGCAAGGCAAACACACACAGGAGGAGGAGGAGGAGGAGGAGGAGGAGCUCGAGUGUCUGCAACACUCAGGAGGCCAUGGGAGCUGCAGCCCUACUAAAUAUUGACUGGGGCAGCCAAACAAUGGGGGGAGAGGAAUCUUUGCUAUCCUUCUAACCCCCCUCUCCCCUCCUCUCUCAUGUUCCUGGCCAUCAUAGCUCUGCAUCUGUCCCAGGGGUGCACUAAUUUACUCCUAGGAGUUGCUCAAAUUGUGCGCCAAAGGUGGUGGUAUGUGCUUUUUUUUUUUUUUUUUUUUGGAGAGGGGGGGUACACUCUGACUCCGUAACCCCUCCCCCACUCCUCCUUCAAGUGAAUCAGAGCCGUGAAAGCUUGCCAACAGAUAUGACUUCAUGGCAGCAAGCCUCUCGUCCUCCGAGCUCCUGAAAGGGCCUUAUGUUUUAACAGAUUGGUCUUUGCCAAGAAACAAAAGAUUAUUGGGGAGUGCUUCCAAAAACCAGAAUACUCUGCACACAGACAGACACACACAUACACGCUUACCUGACAAACAGUGGACUAUGAGGCCAGACCGACCAAGAGUGGACCCCUAUUUCUGGUCUUUGUAAUUGAACAAAAAUAUAAUAGGAAACUUUCUUUUAAGGUCUUUUACCGUAAUGUUACUUGAAAUGUGACUUUUAUUCUUAUUUUUAAUUGCCAAGAGGGGACCUGGAUCCUUGAGUGAGAUCUACCUGUCGAACAGGGGACCUCCAUAUAAGGCAGUGGAACUGAUGAGAGCUUGUUUACCACAACAACUUCAAGAAUGGCUGAUUUAACCUAUAUGUCAUAAUUAUUUAAACAUUUUUAGAAAAUAUUUGGGCCCCAUUCAUUCUUUGGAUUAUAUUUUCUUUUAUAGCUGCUUGAAUAACAAUAAUUUGGUGUCAAGAGAAUAAAUAUUUCCUAGUCUUUGGCAAAUUUUUAGUUUAUAGUUUAUUGUUUAUUUAGAUGGGACAGUGUACGCCCAAUACAGAGUACUGUAAUCUCGAUUGCCAGAAAUACAAUACAGUAUAUGACACAAUAAAAAUACUAGGAAUAAUGCUAAAAAAUCAGGAGUUAGCUAAAAUGAGCAGCAAACGUUGGGCCUUAUAGCUAAUGGCAGUUUGUUCCGGCCCUUGAUGGACCGGGUAUUUUGUGCCAGAACUGCUUUUUUACAUUUUAAAAAUCAAGAUUCCUUUUCCUCAUAACAGUUUUACUAUUUUUAAACACUCAGAUCUUCACCGUUAUACAGCAGUUCUUUGUUUAAAACUUUGAGUCCCCUCUUUGUCUGAACAAAAUGGCGAAGGUGCCCUGUUGAACGGUAUGGAGCGACGCUGGAGGCUUUUGCGUCCCAGAGUAUCAUCAUAAGUAACACAAAGCUUCCAUAUUUUGAUUUCUAUCAGCUCCUAAAGAAAUGUCCCCUGUUGGCUAUACGGUCCCCUCUUGGUGAAAGUGGUACGACACCAAGUCCCCUCUUAGAUAGGUAGGAAAGUACAAACACAGACCCACACACACACACAGACAGAAAUACUGCGCCCCUUAUUAGCAUAGCAACAGACAACCUGCUGCCUCCCCUGACAUCUUAAAUAGAUCGGCGUUGGCUCUUUGCAUGUGGAGUUAUUUUGAAGAGUUGGUGAUUUUUCACACGUCACAUGUUCUCGAUGUCAUCGACGACAGUCAUGAGUAAGUCAAGCAACUGCAGACCUCUGAUGCUCGCUAACUCCGCGCAUCCACCGUCACACUGUUGCAUUUCUAAGCGCCGUACAGAAUCGCUUGUCAUCACAUACUUUUAGAGAACUACUCGACUUGGAGAGCCGCCAUCCGCUCCUCCUCCUCCUCCUCCGGCGACACUGGUGCAGCUGGUUACGGGGUCAAAGAUGGGAAAGUGAAGCAGAAAUGCUGAUUCCCCUUGACGCUGCUAAUGGAGACCAGCUAACACUCCCUGACUGUCUGUCUGACUGUCUGACUGUCUGUCUUCGUCUUCUUCUUCGGAUGUUUCGUGCCUAAACAGACACGCCACGUUAGAUAUAGCCCCGGUCACGUGCGCCGCCCCAGCUGCCUGACAGCUUCAUGAUGGGCUCAUGCGAAAGGAAAGACUGUAUGUGGCUUUCCAUCCGUCUCACCUUGAACAUCUGAGACAGUGCAGUGAAAGCUUAGCAUGCUGCAACUGAUCUGUUGCAGGUGCUGCAGAGAGGGAGACUUAUCGGAGAGGUCAGUUUGUCAAGACUCGCGGAGAAAAGCGUGCAAAUCUCAGGAAACGGGACGAGGACGCCGAUAACGCUGAUGUGGUGGAUGAUCAGAGGGACAGUUGAAGCUCUAAAGCAAACACUGUGAAGCACACUUGGCUGAUAUCUCCCUAUAAAACUUCACUGUGGUAUUUGUACAGCUUAGUGGUCACUGACACCUGGCCUGCUGGUGGCAACAGCUGUGAAAGAAAUCUAGCUGUAAGCUCGGAGCGUGGGAUUCAAAAAAAAAAAAAAAAAACAGGGCAGCGAUGGCCACAUGCUGGAAAAUGAUGUCACAUGUGUUGACACCUGACCCGUGCGCUGUAAGCUCUCCUCAAACACCUGGCUACAUGUUAGCACGGUGCCAGAAAGGAGCAGAAUCAUCUCUUUGUGUGUUUGAAGGAGUUUUUUUUUUACAUUUCCAGUCGUGAGCUGAUAAAAAAGUUUCUAAGAACUCGGAGAACAAUGGAGGCUCCGGUGACUUCUGUGUAAUGUUGGUGUUUCUAGGAAUGAGAGACACGUGAACCUUUUAUUGUUCCCGGUCCGCUUACAUAAACUCAUCUUUGGUCAUUAAAAAGAGCUCCUUAGUUUGGAUCCUUUCAAGGACGAAAUUUAGGAUUAAACGCAGUGAUUUAAAUAAAAAUAAAGCCAAACCCAUGAAGAGUGCGUGAACUGGGCAUGUGCAAAAUACGUUAAUCGUUCUUUUAGGGCUGGGUGAUAAAACAAUAACGAUAUAUAUCGAAAAUUAAUUUCUCUCGAUAUCAAUAUAAAACAUGGUCAAUGUGCUUUUCGAUAGUCAGCAUUCUGCCAUGUUUUGGUAGAUUAUAUGAAUAGUCAAUGAAAAGGGGAGUUGCUCUGGGUCCUCUUCGCGCUGAACCAAUCAUGUGCUGAAUUAGAACCAAGUAGCAAACAACUGCUAAGUCAAGUUCAUGUUCUCACAAAUUCAAAAUACCUCAAAUCUUUUGCACCGCCUGAAGCAGCGCCACGCGGCAGAGCACGUGUAAAGCAAUUGAUCCGAAGUUUUGCACUCAGCUGCAAUGUCUUUUUUGGACUUUCACUAAAAAUACUGCAACAAGGUCGACAUCAUUCCUACUCCUACUUUGUUAGUACCUUAGUUAGUACACACUGUUGUUGUGAUCAUGUGGGCUCUGCAUGCUGGAUCUGGGCGCUGCUAGCUAGAUGUGCCGGAGUGGAGUCUGGAAUGGACUGUUGGUAUCGAAGUGCUGAUAUCAGAGAUUUUAGAUGCAGGCAGAUGUAAUCAGAUAUUUGUUUUUUUGGCUGAUAUCGGACCGAUAUCUGAUAUCAAUAUUGUAUCGAGAUAGCCCUAAUUAAGAAAACAUGUAGUAGUCACACAUCACAACAGGGUAAGCUAGCGUAUAUGUGUGAAGUAACAAUGAGUGGAAAACAGCGCGAGGAGACAAAACACAAACACCAGCAGCCUCAGGCCCUGUUUCUACUUAUUUUUGAAAACAGAGACAUUAACUACUGUUUGCACCCUUUUGUUUCGAUGCAAACAGAGAAUUCGAGCUUCUUGCUACACUGCCACCUACAGGUUUGGCAUGCUCUUGACAGCAUACAUACACGGGUUAGUGUAGAGGAAAACUUUUCUGAAAACGUAGUGGUGUGCAUGCAGUUUUUCUUUUUUUUGUAAACAGAGAGGGUGAAAUGUCAGUUUAUGAAAAUACCCGGGCACGUGUUGACGUAGUGUCUGAGUUACUGUUGUUAGGUUCAGUAGAUUUGGAUUGAGCAGGUGGAGAUGGUUUGGUUUUGAAAAGACUGCAGGAGAUUAUGAAGAUUAUGAAAAGCUGCAGGAGUCGACAAUUGUCCAUGACCGGCAAAACAAAGAUACAUAUUAGAGUUUAAAAUGCGUCUACGCUAGUUUUAGUGUGUCUUUGACCAAUCUGAAUCCAAAAUAGGCAAGACCUCUGAUAGCAUCAAUCAACAACAGUGACAGGAGAGACUCUAACCGUACUCAUCAUCCCCUCAAGACACAACUGGACCACUUUAGUUACCGUGCAACAACGAACAAUAAGAAACAGCCUCUAAAUCCUGUCUGUCACUUUGAAUCGGUUGAGUCAUACUAGCACUGUUUGAUCUCCUCAUUACUCUGGUUAUUAAUGCUAGCGUUCUUGUAUUGCAUAUGCUUAUAUGACUCAGUUUUUUGCUUGAUUUCUUUGCCAACAAGAUUUUUACCGUGUUUCUGUCGAGGAAUGCAGGUACCUCCGCGGGUUGAAUUAAACCCGCGGAGGUAGUUUUUUAUGCUCCCUGAAGAUCAGCUAUGUACAGUACAUCCAGGAGGGACUCGCCAAAAUAGCAGCUUCUGCCUCCAGGGAGUCAGAACAUCGUCACACCCAGCAAUUGUGUUGUGGUGACGGUGACCCAAAGAGAGGUUGCGUCCGUCCAUGUGGUUUGUUUCAAACCCACACCCAGAUGUAGGAUUGGACCUCAGACCAAAAGUAUGAAUGUACAGUAGAAGCACUUAAUCUGCUAAUGUACUUUUCACAUGCCCGGUCUCUACACGACCCCCGGCGUUUAUUUAUUUAUUUAUUCUCGCUGCGGAAGCUGUAAACGGUUCAGACGGCUUGCUUACCUUCAGCAGCGUUUCCCUCUUGGAUGGAUUUUGCAUCCUCUCAUAAGUCUCUGUUUUGCGAUUUACAAUCCUUGAAUUGUUCUUGUUGCUAUUUAUACCGUGCAUUCAGAAAAGCAGGAAACUUUUUGAUUGCAUUGAACAUAUUCUGUGUGCACAAUACCAUGGGAAGAGUUAUUUCCUGCAUUUUCAGAACAACAAAUUCCAGCCAAACAACAGGACACCGGGGUCAAAACAUAAAUCCCUUACACUUGGGGGUGCUCAAACCAGAUCAUGGACACGGGUUCAUAUUUUCACUCAUGUAGCCUGGCUUUGUGCACGCUCUCUCUUUGACUUUGACUUCUUCUGCCAUUAGGAGCUUAUUUUCUGCUGCAGGCUCCCACACUAACACACACAGAGAGCUGGAAAGGCUCCACAGGUUCGUUCACACCUCCCUCUCUGCUCCAGAAACUGCAGGGUUAUCAGGCCGUGGCCUUGCUUUCAAAUAUUAAGUAGCAGAGGCAGCCUGAGGCUGACGGAUGGUUUACUUAUGUCGUGCUUAUUAUGACACAGGCCCUCAGGCUCGGUUAUCCUUAUAUUAUCUUGUCCUACCCCCUGUUGAGAUGAAACAGCUCUUCUAUUCACGACUCCCUCACGUUUGUAAAGGUGUAAUUUAAGACUUAGUCUGGGCAGGACAUAACAAAUGUGGUUGAAGUGCCGGGAAAUGAAACGAAAGGUGGGGGAAUCUAUUGUUCUGCUUUUUUUUUUAUGCCGUUUAGACGUUAUUAUUAUUGUCUUAAAGAUGCAGCAGAGGGAAGAGAUCCAAAGAAGAGGUAGCUUAUCUUUCAUGCUUGGGCUGUUGCCUGUAAGAAACUUGGGAUAUUCAUGAAGCAUAAUUGUGUGCAGAUGUUAAUUUUUAAACAGAGAAGUAUCAGGUGCACCUCCUUUGGCUACUCCACUCCUCUCGUCCUAAUGAAAUCUUAAGCUUCAGCAGAGAGAGAGAGAGAAAGAGAGAGAGAGAGAGAGAGAGAGAGAAAGAGAGGGAGAGGGAGAGAUAGCGGCAGAGCUUUGGGCUCGGCUGAAUGGAAGAGCUGCACAUGACUUGGCUCACUUGGCGCCCGGCCAGCGUCUUGGCCAAGUUUCAGGAGUUAAACACAGACCCUCUAAGCCUCCUUUACAAGCUGGAUACCCUGAGCAUGGAAAAACUGAGUAUUGUGGCUGCACCGAAGAGCCCACUUCAGAAAAGAUGAAUCUGGUGAUUUUGUGACUGGAGGAGAAAAAAAGGAGUCGUCUAAAUAAAACCGUCUCUAUCCCAAAUUCUCCAAAGAGGCGUGUUUUCUGAUUUGACUGAAGUCUGGCCGUUUAUACGCUCAAAUGAGAUUACAAAUGAAACAAGAAUGCACGUUAAAAAACACGGCCAAAUAUGUGGCGUUUUAAUCAAGCGCCCUGAGAAACGAUUAUUCUGUGCAGCAGACGUAAAGAGUUUUUCCACAGUGGUCACAUGCAUGGUGUACAUAGGAAUGCUUGUUUGACGUAUUUAUUUAUAGCGAGUCAUAGCCUCGUAGUCUGAGCGGGGGAGACACAAGGACAUAUCUAAACACAAACCAAGGCCUGCCAAGUCAUGAGUUGUGAGAUUAAUUUCAAAGAGACGGUAGUGCGGCACAGAAGCCAAAGACCCAAUUCUGGUAAUCACCCUGCCCCAUCGCCCCUGCUCUCCUGCUCUCCCCCCCCCGCCCGCUCCUGCCUUCCCCUCCCAGAGACUCCAGACGCUCAUGCUGUGUCAGGCUCUUUGAACAUCAGUUUCUCAGAGCUUGUGUCCUUGUAACGUCUCACUGCCUUUCUCUGCGGUGGCUGUGUACUAACAGGGCCGCUCGAGGAAGUUAUGGCGACUUGUAAAAAAAGACGAAAAAAAAAAAGAUCAUAUUUUCCAACUUAUUCUCUCAUGCUGCUUUACAAGUGAGGAAGUUGAUUUGUCUCUUUGCAGCAGUUGGCCUGCAGUCAGGAGCCGACAUUCCUCUCUGGUUCAGUGAGUCUGGCCCUGAGCACCAUGGCGGGUUUCCUUGUCAGAUAAAUAUAACCAGGGUCAUCCACUGGCACCGUCGCUCCGGCCAGUUGGGGCCUGGCAAAGUCCCCACAAUAACUCUGUACUUAUGCUACAGCUAAGCCAACGGGGGGAGCUGGGAGCUUCUUUCUGUGGCCUCAAAGAACCUCUGGCUGGGGGUCCGGGCUUAAGAGGCUGAGCCCCCAAAAGAUAGAAGAGGACCAGGGGUGGGAGGAGGGGGGGAUAAAAGACCUCAACCUGUGAACAUCCUAUCAGGAGGGGACUCUCAGGUCUGUGGGACCGCAGUGCCCCCUGGGGGGAGCUGGAAUUGCGUCGAAUCGGUGCAUAAAAUGUGACAGAAAUGUACAAGCAUUUAUACAAGCCCGCAGAGCGAGUGGAUUUUCCUCAGUCUGACAUUUGAAUCAGUUUAAUGUGGGACACGUCGCAGUAAAGUUAACAGCACUCAGAGGCCUCCAGUCCCUGUCGAAGUUUAGCGCUCCAGAUAACGUGUGAGCAAAUUUUCCAGGCACAGCGUUGGCAACGUGUGAUGCACUUUUCCCAAGUCGUGGAGCUGUGAGAGCAAAGAAAUAUGCGCCUCCUGGCUUCUAUGUGUCUGUAUUUAUGCGCGGCUUUAACUGCUUCGACAUAUCUCGACGAUAUGUUCGGAAAAUUUAAAGAGGUCUUCGGAGGGGUCGACUGUUACGUAUGGAGCAUGUAUGUAGGUGGAAGGUGGGAUUGUGUGUGCGAGGAGAGGAGCUGUGUUGGAGUCCCGGUGUCGGAGUUCAUCAGCUGUCUUCAGGUCUCUUCUAUAAACAAAUGGAAAGCAGCAGUUGGUGGCACGAGCCCCGAGAAAAGCACCUGCUAUUCGACUUGUGCGAGCGAAACCUGAUUUAUGCAGAGAGUCAGUCUGCAAAUCAUUUCAAGCGCUGUCGUAAAGAUAAUGGCAAGCUUUUGAUUUUGAAAUAUUGAAAAUCGAAGUUUGACGAUGAGUCUGCGAUGACAGAUAUUUCAUGACAUUAUCUCCUCUGUGCAGAUAUUUGACAUUCCUUGUUUUAUGUUCGGUUGAAAAUAAAGUUUUGCAUCGUGGAGAAAUGGGCCAUUUGACUUUGCAGACACUUGAAAAGACUUGAGGGUUAGAAAUCGCUGCAAAUUUAUCACUAUUUUCAGUGGGAUUUGACUUUGCGCUCCAAGUUUUUCAAAUCGGUCCUCCAGCCGUUCGAGGCAAAACGCUGCCAGACAAAGUUAGCAUGAAGCCCAUGAAUGAAAUGGAGCUUAAAAAGACUCAAAAACAAAAUGAUAUGGGACCGAAAACGGGUUCAAAUGUGAUUUCUCAUAUUGUGAUUUCUUUUAUGUGUGCAGAUCAUGAGUCCCGGGAACACGAGGACGCCAUAACCACAGAGAUUACAGAGGAGCUGCAGCCCGCUAAAGUGCCACUCCUCCACAAAGACAUUGUGAACACGAAAAAGGUGCACGCCCUGCGCAAGGAGCUGAAGAGGAAACUGGGCAAGCAGCGCUCCAUGGGCACCCCCUUGGAUUACUCCCCUCUGCCCAUCGACAGGCAUGAGCCCGAGUUUGUAAGUAUUCUUACUAAUCGCAGCUUUAAGCUCAUCCUUUGUUGUGAGUUUCUUCACAUCUAGAAACCUCAUAUAUCCUCAAUCUAGAGUAGGAUUUCGCAGAUUGAAACUUAAGAUAUAUUGCACAUUAGGGUUACCCCCGAUUUUCACUGCAUCCGGAAUUGCCACGAAAAGGCCCUAUCUGACGAUUGCAGCUGAUUCAAGUUAAUGUGUCAAUUUCCACGGGCUUAUUUCCGUUCCACUGCGGAUCGUCGGACUCCGCAGAUGAUCACAAGAGUUUUAUUUUUUCCGGACGCCACAGUAUGCCGGAUAAAUUCCGCACAGAUUAACCCGUGCUGGAAAGGAAGUCGGGCACAGACACAAAAUAAAACAGCCGGCAUCUUUCCAAAGAUGGAAAGGCGGAUCGUAUUUUACACCACGCAAACGGGGGGGGGGGGGGGGGAACCAAGUGAAAGGUUUGUAGACAGCAUUUCACCCCGAUGACACUAUAGAUGACGAGAUGCUGAUUCUAGAAGUCUAGAAGUAGAUUUCCUCCUCUAGAGGGACAUAGAGACAACUCAUUAUCACGCGAUUGCACGUGAAUCCGUGGGAUCUUGUGAUUUCUCGCGAUUCCAACUGUCUGUAAUCUGCCACGAAAUUCCCCAAACAAACAGAUCCAGUAUUAGCAGACAGCGAAAACCGCUGCCGUUCCCGGCAGAGCAGUUCCGAAUGGAGAAAAAAUUGGGGGUUACAAGUCGCAUCUUUGUUUACUCGCACUAUAAGCUAGUCCUUUGUCGCAAGUUUCUUCACAUAUACACCCUCAUAUAUCCUCGAUUUGGAGUAGGAUUUUGCAGAUGAAACUUAACAUAUAUUGCACGUUAGGGUUAGGGUUAAUUUUAGGUUGUGUUAUAGUAAAUGAGGAAUUAAAGAGGACCAAGUAUUGAGCCCUGUGGAACUCCAAACUAAAACUCUUCUUCUGUCUCCUCCUCCCAAAGGGCCCAUGCAGGAGGAAACUGGACGGGAUCAUUCAGGGAAUGAAGGACACCUCUCGUGUCAUGGCUCUAUCUUUGUACCUCCCCAACUGUGACAGGAAAGGGUUCUUCAAACGCAAACAGGUGGGCUGGUCUCAGAUACAAAGACGUACUUAAGAAACUUGACUAAAAUGCAUCGUCAUCCUAAAUGCAAAUCUUGUUUUUUGACCCACAGUGCAAGCCAUCCCGCGGCCGCAAACGAGGCAUCUGCUGGUGUGUGGACAAGUACGGCGUUCAGCUCCCCGGCACGGACUACAGCGGCGGGGACAUUCAGUGUAAAGACCUGGAGAGCAGCAGCAACAACAACAGCGAGUGAAACAGGGGGGGAGGACCACCCUAUACACCCCCCUUCACCCCCCAAACCCCUCAACCACCACGUGACCCAGGGCCCACGCCUCCUCUCUGAAUCAAACCUGAACGCUCCGCCCUCCGUACACUUCAAGAGUUUCAUUUUUUUUUUCCAAGUUGAAAAAAAAAAAAGGAAGAAAAAAAUCCAAACGAAAGGACAGGCUGAAAAAGGGACACCUGUGACUUUUUUUUUCUUUUCUUACCUGUUGUCGACCAAGCACUCAUCUCCGAAUGAGGGUAAAAGUCCCAGAAGAUUAGAUCCCUUGACUGUUGCUCAUGGGACCGCCGGCUGCAGAUCCAUGAAAAUAUAUGCACACAAUGGAUAUAUUUUUAUAGAAGCUGAGGGUUUCAAUACAACACUUUGUAUGAUGUAAAAUUAGCUUAAAAAAAAAAAAAACGAUCAUUGUGAAGAAAACAGUACCAGGCACAUUGAUUGAAAACAGAUCAGAACAUGAUGCCACUGUGGGACUGAGGAUUGGCAGAGUAAUUUGGUUUUUUUGUCUGUUUUCCAAAAGAAAAAAAGAACAAUAGAUAGGGAAACGCUGUAACAGUUGACUCUAUCUGGAGAUGUGGUUCUGUCAGAGCACUUAAGACUAGGGGAACCUGCUUAGAAAUGUGUAAACUUCACAAAUGACGUGUGCGUAUGAAUGCGUGUAUGUGUACAGUUUGAGUGUGUGUUAUGUAUCAGCCGGUGUUGGUGUAUGACGGAGUGAGCCGAUUACAAAAACGAAUGUCCGUUUUUUUUUUUUUUUCUUUUUCUCUUUCGUUUGAUUUUUUGUCACAACAAGUAUUGCUAGCGCUUGAAGUGGUCUUGGGGCUGGCCUUCUCUAUAUCCGAUGUAAAGUAUGUCUCGGGACACAGGAGAGUGUUUGGAAACAUAAGCAGAUUGUCACAGAUGAACCUAUGUAAGUGGCUCUUCGACGAUGAAGCUAGCCUGAUAUGCCAACUGUGCCUAUUUAAACAGACACUGCCAUGCAGGGCGACACAGAGCUUAGAGAGCGCCGACUCUACCCGUGAAAUAAAGUGUUUUCAGCUUAACUGAUGGGACUCAAAGAUGGACUUCGAUCUUUUUUCGAGUUGAGUGCAUAAUCAAAAAAAAAACUUGCCAGUCAGGCCAGUUGCUUCUCUGAUUCAGUUGUGUGAAGUGUAGUUUUGUAUGGUUUUGUUUGUGCUGUUUUCUUUGCCUUCAGUGAAGUAAAGACCGCCCACUUUUUGAGCCAUGUUCCUUGAUCAAGUGGUUUCCCCUCAGUACUGCUACUACAGUGUAACCAUGGUGUAUUACAUUACUUUUAAAUAUAGUUAUUGAAUGUUGUUUUCCUUGUAGAAACAUAGUAUGAAAACAAUGUAAUUGUGCUUGGAACAAAAAAAAAAAAAGAUUUUAGCCUGUAAAGAAUUUGAAUAGGUCCUUGACCCUGAGUCUUUCGACGACAGGAAGUCAACAAAGCUAACCCUCUGAACCCUUCUGCUCGCACGUUCCCCGUGAGGAGGAGCGUGAUCACAACACAAAGGUUACAGGUUAUAACAGGGUCAUUUAACAAGAGUUGUUCUCUCUGUGUGCAAGUCACAGUGCCUUCCUACAAGAAAUACAUUUAAAUAGUGACGUGAAAGUGACAUGGAUAUCCUACGGGGCAAUUUCCUUUUCUCAGACAGCCCUUUGACUGUCGGGGCCGAUACUUGAUACAACGAUCGAGGGGUGUAGUUCUUAUUAAAAGGAGAAUGUUGAAUGUGGUAGAUCCUGUAAACGGUGUCAGCUACGAAUCGCAAAAGCAUUUAUUAACUUUCUCCGCCUGUACCUCGGGGCAAUUCUGGACGAGAAUGAUGUGUGAGGGACUCCCUCUUCUCUUUCUUCGACAACCAAUAAGCUAAGACUCAUGCUUUUUUUUUUCUUCAUGUGAAUGCCAAUGUACGUUUAUGAUUGCCAGAGAGAAGAGGCCUGAAGGAUGCUCGGGAGAAAAACAAGCAUUUAUUUUGCUGCAUAAAAAAAAAAAAAGAGAGAGAGAGAUGACAUCCUGAACGGCCUCUAGUUGUGAAUAUAUCUACUCUUCUUGCCCCACUUCCAACACCAAAUCCCCACUACCACUUUCGAAAAAAAAAAAAAAAAAAAGCAGCUUGCACUUAUUUCAGUUACUCACUAUUGAUAUUGACACACAACGACGUCCUACGAUGUGGUUUCAUGAAGUUAGUGGAACAAAAAGAUUUAAAAAAAAAAAACAGCCACAAAAGCUAAAUGUUGUGUUAUCUUGUGCUUACCUUUUAAAGGUGGUGCUUUGAGGUAAUAAUUGUUGACAGGGGCUGUGCAGCCCAUGCCUGGGACCUCCAUUACAGCAGCAUCUUUUAGGGGAAAAAUAGAUCAAAAAGUAACACACAAGUAGAGAUGUUCUUAUGGCCAAUUGCACAGAGAUGGGAAGUGGGAAAAAGGAUGGAAGAGAGAGGGAAGAGGAGGAGCAAAAGCAAGCUAGCAAGCAAGCGCCAUGGGCAGUGGUCAUAAUCAGGGCCUAGCCACUACCCCGACACGGGGUCACCAAUCGCAUGACAUUAGUUACAGUUAGCAAGACAGUUAUCAGGAGGCAUGGAAAUCUGGGGAAUAUAGCAGAGAAUCAAAGUUUGUACUCCGCCGCUCAAACUCCGCGGUGUCUUCCUCAGGUUUCACAUCUCCUACUUGGUUGAAACUCAUAUUCACAUUACAGACUACAGUAGCACAGUAACAGCAGCACAGCUAUCUUUCUGAGUACAUAACACUUUCUGGAUGUAAUGAGAACAAUAUGAUUGGUUUGCAUAAUUUGGUGUUUACUGGCUUGUGAAAUAGACCCAUCGGUGGCAGGAGGAUAGUGGGAAAUAAAAUGGUCAGUAUUUGGAACUACAUAAAACGAAUAAGAAAAAAAAAAAAGACAAAAAAUCUCAAAUUAUUAAAGUGAAUAUCACUGUGUAAUAUUUAUUCAACUUGUAAUUUAUGUACUCUUUUAACCUUUGUCUUUUUUUGUUAUGACAAAGCAUUUAUUUAAAUAAAGUUAUGUAUUCAUUUAAGCACUUGGGGCAAGGUUUUUCAUUUCGAGCGUUGCAUUUUGUAGAAGAAGCGAGCGGCCAACUGAAUUGGCUUGAAAAGAGCAGUUUGAAGUGCAAUCAUCCUGAUAGUAAGCGCUGACUAAUCUCCGAGGCACGAGCUGAUAAACCUCUUAGACAUAAGUCUGAGACACCCAGGCUAGCCCACAAGGAUCUCAUGCAGCAUGCAGGAUGUGACUUUAUAAAGCCUCGCCCGAGGGCAAGUCACCUGGUUUUCAACACCGUAGUCAAAAAAGAUUGCACAGGAACAAGGAAGUCAUUUGCAAUGAGUUUGAACUUCAAGGGAGGAUAACAUCUUAGCGGGACCAGCUCAAGAUUCAAAUGACUGAGGAGAAGAGAUUUAUAGCCCGGGGGAGGCUUCAUCGUGUUAUGGCAACCCGAACUUUAUUAGCACUUAGAGGCUGAGCGGACUCACACCCUAUCAUAAAGACAUGCACAUGCUGCUAGAUGUUAAUGCACAUAGAGGUACAAGCCUGUUAGAUAGAGUUACAGUUCAUUUAGACUUUUUAAAGUAAAAAAUAAAAGACUUUAAAUCAACAAAUGAGUCGACAAGACGCUAACAGGCAUAUGUGCCAUUCAACUUGGUCUGUGUAUUAUCUGUCCAUUCAAUUAUUCCAUUCAAUCUAGCAAAUGAAAAAAGAAAAAAUGAGUCAAUAUUUUGUUUGUUUUUCUGUAUAACCAAAAAAUAAAAUAUUAGUGUUUGUUUCUGUAUUUUCAGUUCAAAACAGAAUAUAAAAUAGAGAAGGAAACGAAAACAAAAUAGUAAAUCUACUUUUCGUUUUCGGGUUAUUGAUGUUCUACUUUUCGGUCCACAUUGCGCAACAAAGUAGCCAACAACGUGGACCAAAAACUCCAGGCCAGAGCGGUAGAGUAAGGCUAACCUGUUGUCAUGGAGAUGGACGCAUCUAUGUAUUAUUCAAAGCCGCCAGGAGGGUCACGCUGAAGGAAGAAGAUAUGACAGUAGAAAAAAUGACAACCAGAGCUCUGUUACAACGUAAGAUUUUGGCGCUCGAACCGCUCUGUCGCGUCUUUCGCCAUGGUAACUGUCGCUGAGGAUCAUGGGAAGGCCAAUGUAGCUUCAAAACAGGCGCACUCAAAAUCAAUAAAUGUAAAUAAGAUUUAUUAUUUUGUUUUCAUUUCCUUCUCUAUUAUCCAUUCUGUUUUGAGCUGAAAAUACGAAAACAAACACUAAUCUUUUAUUUUUUGGUUAUAUAGAAAAAACAAAUAAUCAAAAUAUUGACUCGUUUUUCAUUUACUAGAUUGAACGGAAUAAUUGAAUGGACGGAUAAUACAUGGAUCCAACUUCUAGGUCAAAGCAGGAAGUGCAAACUCUGGAGCACGAUCAGACUACUUUAGUCCAGUUAAGGCGCCAAUAUGUCAGAGAAGAUCCAUCCUGCAUUAUCUGAGUUUGUUUGUGCAAUUUAAGGCGGACAAACAUUUUAAUCUGCAUUUUAAAAGUCCAGUUUUAGUCGGGCCAACUCAGUAUUUAGAUUUUUUAGACAAGAUGUAAACAUACUAAAUAGACGAACAAUCGAUAGACCCUAAGCUUAAAAAAACCUGACUUUUUUAAAUAUAAACUCUUUGGAAAAUACACGUCGCUGGCCAACAACCGCAGCUAGCACUGUGACAUUGUUGUUAGCUAUCACCAGAUGAUAGUUCAUCCUCGUAUAACUAAAUCUAGAUUUUCUAAUCUUUUGGUUAAGCUGGAAAAUUCCCUUCUAAGACGGUCCUGAUGAUAUUCAAUCGUUGAUACAAGUCUCUGAAACUGCCUACAAAAAUGUUUCUGAUCAGGGAUGCUGGGUGUUUUCUUCACCUGUCACCUGAAAAACUCUGGAUUUUUACCUUUUACACAUCUGUACUUUAAUGUUUCUAUUUCAGCAAACUUAGGGCUCAUGGAAAGUGAGUAAAGGACAAGAAAAUGGUGAUUUUCGGAGCAUCUGUGUAACAUAUCGUGAUUGUUAAUCGUGUUAUUGUUAAUGAAAUUACAAAUACAUUUUGAAUUAAAGAAAAUAAGUGUUUAAAAA